AUGGGGACCCGCACUGAUCCCUCAAGUCACACCUGGACUGCUGAAGCAGUCGGCAACAUCAUCACCACGAACUCCAAAAUGCUCAAGUGCACAGCCAAUGGCGACUUCAACGCUCUCAUCCCUGAAGAUCUGCUCUGCUACUUCUCGCGCUACUAUACUGCACUCUUGAGAGGCAACUUCUCCGAAGCUGGACAGGACAACGUCACCAUCGAGCUGGACGCAUCACAAGCAAAGGCAUUCGUCACCUGGCUCUAUACCGGAAGCCUUGCCAAAGACCUAGAAUACCCAUUACUCGUCAAGCUGUACAUCUUUGCAGACAAGACAGACAUACCAGCCCUUCGCAAAGACAUCAUGAGCCACAUCCACAAACACAGCAAGAUCAAAGGCAACCCCAGACUCAAGCAUGUAGCAAAUGCCUUCGCCAUACUGUCCAAAUCGUCUGGUCUUGUACGUUGGAUGGUAGAUCGAUAUGUGUACCAUUGGACAACAUAUGGUUACAAGACCAGUCCAACUCACACAACAGCCAGACGAAAGUACAGAGACUUUUUGUCGAGGUGGAUGCUGCAAGCGCCAACAGAGGUGACUGGCCUUGCAUGA